UUUUUAAUCUCUUCUCUUUCUGUAUAACAGAAGCCCAGUCCACUCAUCCCCUCGCUAUGGCGGAUUCUUCUCAAGAUCACGGACCAAUAUGAUUUCAGCUUUGCGUCCAACAGGUGUUCAUAACCGUAUAUGUAGCUAUGGUCGUUUCAAGAGGGAUUGCUGCCCAGGAUGGAGGAGAAAUGCACAAGGGGACUGCGAACCUGUAUGCACUAUUUCAUGUGGACCACAUGGAACUUGUGUCGCUCCACCAAGAAGAUGUAAAUGCCAACCCGGAUGGGUGGGAGAUUUUUGUGAAAAAGAUACCAACGAAUGUGCUGUGAUUCCUUGUCAACAUCGCUGUAUGAACACCGUUGGGUCUUAUAAAUGCUAUUGUGAUAAUGGAUAUUAUUUACAAGAGGACGGCAAAACAUGCAGUCGUGAUGACAGGUGUAACCCGACUCGGUGUCAUUAUGGAUGCGUUCAACACACUGAUGGAUUCAAGUGCUUCUGUCCUAACGGUCUUGCGCUCACAACCGAUGGACUAGGAUGUGAAGAUAUCGAUGAAUGUGCAACAGGUGAAGCGCAAUGCCCCCGUGGUCGUAGGUGCAAAAAUACAUAUGGAAACUUUCUUUGCUUGUGUCCGGAAGGUUACAAAUUCCAGUAUGUCGCCGGUAGUCUAACGUGUGUAGAUGACAACGAAUGUGACGCACACAGGGAUAAAUGCCAUGAAAAUGCGAGAUGUGAGAAUCUAUCGGGUGGCUAUCGGUGUGUCUGUAAUGCAGGCUUCGUUGGCACGGGAGAGCAGUGUGUCAGACUCGGUCGUGAAACCUGCGCAGAUAGACCAUGUUUCGAAGGUGUUCAAUGUUCAAACGUCAGGAUUGAUGUGAACACUUUGGAUUACUCUAGCGAUCUAGAAGCAAAGAGGUUCGAGUGCGGCCCCUGUCCGCCAGGACAUGUUGGUGACGGCGUCACAUGCGAAGCUUCGAACGUUGACGUCACAGUCCUUGUCCUGGAACAGAUAGGGGGCAAUCCUGUACCUGAUGUCAAGAUCCGUACCCUCGACGCUAGCAACGUGGGAGCCCAAUUCGGUACUGCGAUAUUCACAGGGGAGAACGGUGUCGCGAAGCUCGCUGUUCCCAACGAUGCCAACAUCGUGGUUGUAGCCAGCAAGAAGGGACAUCCGACCUCAUCGACUACCUUCGACGUCCGCAACAACGAGAAUAAUCUGAUAACCAUGACUCUGACCAGGUUUAACGAUGGAGCAGAAUUCCCCUACCCACUUCCGAGGGCUCGGACCUUUGCCUUCUCAGACCCUAACAGUGUCGAUGGACAACUUCAAGUAGAAAUACCCGCAGACGGUCUGGACGUAGAGCCUGGAUCACGGGUCAGCCUGAACAUAAAAACUGUUGAUAUAAGCGACCCUCAAGAUGUUCGCAAUGUACCUGAGCUUGCUGCUUCUCCAGAUCAAGGUUCCGAUGUCGCUCGAUUAGAGGCCUAUGCUCUUACAGAAAUUGACCUUACCAAUGAAAAAACCGGCGAGAAAGUUGAUCUAACCGAAUCAGCUACUAUACGCAUACCUCUGGCUGAUCGUUUCUUGAAUGAAGUGUCGGUUGGAGAUACUGUCCCAGCGUGGUACUUCGAUGAAGCUAUCGGUCUAUGGGUAAAUGAUGGUCUUGGUACCAUUGAAGACGAUGGUGAAGGUGGUCUAAUCUGGGUCUAUCAAACGGAACACUUCUCCUGGUGGGCAGUAGGUGUCGUCUGGCCUGGUAUGCAGCUCAUUACCAUCAAGACAUGCUUUAGAGAGGAUUGCUCCGUCAUAGCACCAAACACCGCCAUUCAAUUAGAGGGCGCUGACUAUUACUAUCAAUCGAACCUGGUCACCAGAAAUGAUGGUACCGUCGUCACAUUCGCCAAGACAUAUGCUGCUAUCAACCUAUACCUUGACUGCAGUAGCAGCAGUAGAGAGGCAGUGACCUUUGUCAUUACACCCAUGACAGAGGAAGUCACUUACAAGGUUCCAGAUACUGCCAACCAUGACGGCUGCAACGACCCUGGUCAGGUAACUAAUGGUGCUCGCCGUGACGACCAGGACUUCUCUGUCGGUGGUGAGGUCACCUACUUCUGCGACCCAGGCUACACCAUUCACGGCAGCUCACGUCGCGUCUGUACACCGUGCGGAACAUGGAGCGGGUUCCAACCGUACUGCGAGGAAGAAGGUUUCCUUUACUCAUCAUCAUCGACAUCAUCAUCGACAUCAUCAUACGGUAGCAUUACUAGCAGCAGCCCUGCAGAACUAUACACAAGUGAUCCAGAAGUGUCGGGAGAUGGCCCACUGGGCAUUUAAUUCCUGUUUUAUUGAGGGAAUCUAUGACAACAUUUUCGGCUCAAAAUAUUUACUUCCAAUAGAAACACUUAAAGCAGAAACCUUUAAAGUAUCAUCAUUUUUUUUAAAGAAACAUUGAUAAUAAAAGAAAAAACAAACCUAUGGAUACACAUUAAUACCGUAUGUAUUGAAUUCCAUAAGUGAAAGACAACGCUCUCAGUCUCUUUGACAAAAAGGUAUACAAAGUUAUGUAUUGAUUAUUAUCAUUUGUUUGUAAAUAGUGUUUUGGGGCAAAAUAUGUGUUUCAUGUGCUGUCUUUCUUUUGUGUUGUUAAUAAUGUCUUUUAAUGAAAUGAUACCCUUCAUUUUGCAAUUAUGUAUGUUACCAUGACAAUGAUUCACUUGUCACUUUUUCGUGGACAGAUUUAGCACACUUUAUCUUUUAUAAAGGAUAUAAGACUUUUUUAGUUCGAAUGGGAAGAAGAUAUCUGCGAAGUAUGUCAGUAAAUUCCAAAUGGUUUUGUGUAUCUUUUUUCAAUGAUGAUAGCCAUUAACCUUGAUCCACAGGAUAUUUCACAUUAAUUUUAUGCAACUGCACGUUCAGUCUUAUACAUUGGCGGCGGAAGCCAGAAAAUUUAGGGGGUGUCCACUUGAAAUUUUGGGAUGGACACAGGUAAAAAAUUUGACAAGCGCCCCCCAAAAAGGUUUUGAACCUUUUAUGAGUUGCUAACGAAAAUUUU